CCUGCUCGAUUAGUUCAGGCUGUUAACAAGAUGUACGCGAAGUGUCAACCGUAGUUCUUUGUCGUCAUUUAUUAUUUUUAAAUAAUUUUAUAAAACAUUAUAUAUUUUUUAAAAACAACAUGGGUUUAUCACAGAGCUCAGACGGAUCUGAAGGAGGAACGUACGGAUAUCAUGUGCACGGCGUGCAGCCUAAUUCCCCUGCAGAAAAGGCAGGACUGCAGCCUUUCUUUGACUUCAUUCUUUCUCUGGACAACAAAAGACUUAAUGAGGAAAACGACGUGUUAAAAGAGAUCCUGAAAGCCAACGUGGAGAAAGCCGUGAGGGUUGAAGUGUACAGCACUAAAACCACGAGGGUCCGAGAGCUGGACGUGGUGCCCAGUAACAUGUGGGGCGGCCAGGGGCUCUUGGGUGCCAGCGUUCGCUUCUGCAGCUACCAAGGAGCAAAUGAGAAUGUUUGGCAUGUACUGGACGUAGAGGCCAGCUCUCCUGCAGCGCUGGCCGGUCUUCAGCCCUACAGCGACUACAUUGUUGGAGCAGAUCAGGUGCUGCAAGAUUCAGAAGACUUCUUCUCGCUGAUUGAGGCCCACGAGGGGAAGCCUCUGAAGCUGCUGGUGUACAGCACACAAACAGACGCCUGCAGGGAGGUGCUGGUCACACCCAACGGAGCGUGGGGAGGAGAGGGCAGUUUGGGUUGUGGCAUUGGGUAUGGCUACCUUCACCGCAUCCCUGCAGACCCUGAUGUAUCGACACCUCCCACCGUUGUUCCAGAGGAGAACCCCUCUCCAKAGCAGCCUUCGCAUGGACACUCAGAGGCACCUGCAAUGACCUCUUCAAGUCAAAGUGAAGGUUUGUUAGAUGUGGAGCAGAUCACCCUACAAGAAGCCUCACUACCCCCUCCCAUUCAGAGAGUCAUGGACCCUGAUUCUGAAGUAACGGCGCUGAACCCUGAUCCCUCAGAGCUGAUGGACAAGCUGGACGUGUCCACCUCGUCCAUCGACAUGACCAACACUUCGCUGGCUAUGCAUGAGGAGAAAGAGAGCGAAAUAUCUGGCGUUGCAGAGCUGGAGAACAGCGCCCUGCUCUCGUUAUCAACGGAGCACCAGAGCGCGCCGCAGGAGCUGGACCCCCGGUCAACCAAAGACCUCCCCGCCGCCUGCGCGCCGCCCGAUGCUUCGUCUGAUUCAGGGGGUCCGUCAGCCGAAACCCCUCACCUGGGUGCAGAGUCUGCAGACCAACACGGCUGCCCCACUGAACCCAGCAGCAGUCCAAGUCCGCCUGAGGAGUCCCCCCUCUCUGUCGCAGACCUCAUCCCAGCCUCCACGUUGAGCGAGUCGCCUGCAGAUAGCUCCGCCCCUCAGACCACUGAGCACACGGAGGGGUCCACGGGGUCCGCUCAUGAGUGUGAGCAUCAGCACAGCGAGGAGGAACCAGAUUUGAUGUAAGCUGUCAUCAGGCUGAGCAAAAAGAACAGAUGCAGUAUGGAGUCGACAAUCAAUGUUUGUUUUUAAAUGUCAGAAACAGGGUUUUGUUUUGUUCCUGUGAAGUACGGCUGCACUCAACACUACACAAACACAAGCAUUACCACACACUACACAAACAUUACCACAGGAGAGUGAACAUACCUGCAGGGACUACAGCCUGUUUGUUUUGUAUGCAAACAUUGGAAGUUGCUGAUUAUUUAGGCCAAAUAUUUGAAAGACAAUCUUUCAAACUGGAUAGAAAGUCAAGUUACGCAUAAAGUGAAAUUUUGCUUCUGGUACACUAAAGAGAUAAAUACUUGAAUUGUUCCAUAGAUAAAGAUUUACUACUGCAAAGCACAGCUGCACCUUCGUAACGUUUAAAGGUACUCAAUGCAAACCAAGAAAUCAAAUGUAAAAAAAGUUGAUCCUGAUCUGUAUCAAAUCAUGCAGUUUAAAAGAUAUGAAAUUUUGAAAUGUGGGUACGUACUCAAUGUAAACAAAUCACUUUUAGCUGCAAACUUUACUCUUCAAACCGGAGUGUAAACACGUACCGAGAGUUCUCCAUCCCAAAUGGCUCCUCCUUCUUCAGCCUUUGUUGGAACAAAUGUUUUUAUCAUUUCGACUGUUCCAAAAGGGAAACAAACACGUGCUGUAACUGACAUCUGUCAACACAGUUUUCAUUUAAGGACACAAUCAUAAAAGAAAUAUCUUGGGUCUAGUUUUUUUAUUUAUUUUUUUAACCAGUCUUAAAGCAUUGAGUACCUUUGACCCAACUUCAACACUACUAGACUGAUAGCUGCUAAAAUUAGCCGCAGCCUUUUUGUUGGUGCACUGUUACAACUCUAAAGGUAUUUUAAAUACUUUUACUCAGUAAAUACUUAAAGAGCUUUAAGUUAUACGACACUUUUAGUUUCUGUCCUCUGCAUUGGAUUUUAAAGGGCUUUUGCUGUAGUAAUAUUUGUCCUGUUGUGUUGAAUACAUCAGAUAAGCUAGAUUAAGGAUGGUUUAGUUGUUUUACAGAGUUGUUAUAACAGAUUUCGACUGUCCAGCUGGUUUCACGCCCUCUAAUUUAGCAUCAUUUUUGCUUGUAAUACAUGUGGUCUAUGCAAAACUGUUCUGCCUGGAAGUUUAGACGGUGAAUUCAUUAUGUAUUUCUAACAGACUCAGAAUAUUGAAUAUCGGAGGCAGAUAUUUCCUGCGCAGCUGCUCGUGGGGCUUCUUUAAUUAUUUUUGUCAAAGUAGGUGCUAGUGUGUAAAAUAAGGAAGGGUAUUUUUGCAGGUAUUUUACUGAUUUGUAUGUUUUGUUAGGAGUAAAAGCUGAGUGUUUUGAUAAUUGUCAAAUGAGUGAACCUUACUGGAAUGUUAAACAAACAUAUCACUUUAAAAAAAA